UACAAUUCUAUUUCAUAUUAUUAUAUACUCUAUAAACAUUUCUCCCACCUUACUAAUUUCUUUUCAAACAAACAAAUAUAUACACAUUAUAUGCAAUAAUAAUACAAAUUAAAAUAGAAUGGUUGUUCCGGUUCAAGUGACGGAUCCAAUGACUCAGUUGAGUUUACCUCCGGGUUUCCGGUUUUACCCGACUGAUGAGGAGCUUAUGGUCCAAUAUCUUUGUCCAAAAGUGGCUGGACACGUUUUUUCGCUACAGAUCAUUGGAGAUGUUGAUCUUUAUAAGUUUGAUCCAUGGGACUUGCCAAGUAAGGCAAUGUUUGGAGAGAAGGAAUGGUAUUUUUUUAGUCCAAGAGAUCGAAAAUAUCCAAAUGGGACUCGACCCAAUAGAGUUGCGGGUUCGGGUUAUUGGAAGGCUACAGGAACGGAUAAGGUGAUCAUGUCUCAAGGAAAGAAGGUUGGAAUUAAGAAAGCUUUGGUUUUCUAUGUUGGUAAAGCUCCUAGAGGUUCCAAAACUAAUUGGAUCAUGCAUGAAUAUCGUCUUUCUGAAUCUCCUAAGAAAAAUAAUAGCCCCCGAUUGGAUGAUUGGGUGCUUUGCCGAAUCUAUAAGAAGAAUUCAAGUGUGGAAAGCACAAUUUCUGGGGGUCCAAGCACUGAGCAGAGCCAUGGUUCGCCUUCAUCAUCGUCAUCGCAACUAGAAGAUGUUCUAGACUCGUUUCCGAAUUCGAUAUCCGCAAUGGGCGACAAGUUUCUAAACGUCAACAACUCAUCAAAUCAGACAUUUACCAAUGAAGAUCAGAAGGACAACAUCCAAAAGUUUGAUUCUGGCAACUUUGAUUGGGCUAGUAUGGAUGCAUUCGGGUUAAAUGACCCGACCAACAAUCAACAAAAUUCUACAUGCAUUGAUCCUACAUUCAACAUGCAAAUGAAGUUCGUGAAGUAUUCAUCAGAAGAUGAAGUGGAAAACAGAAUUAGAAGUCAAAGAAUGGAGAAUGCUGCUGGCUAUAUGUUUCCAACAAGCAUGAUGAAUAUGAAUGACCCGUUUGCAAUUCGGUACCCGACCCAACCGAGCAGUUCGGGUUAUGGACAGUGAGAACGCAAUAGUUAAUAAAAGGGAAGUGAUACUCGUACCACAACAAUUGAUAUAUUUAUCACACAUGAGUCUAAUUGACUUGUACAAUGUAUUAUAAAAGUUGUAUGGUGUGAUAAAUAAAUCAGUAUUUUGUGGUACAAAUAUCACUCUCUUUAAUAAAAUGUUGAGGGUGGUCUAUGUAGAUAGGUUAAAUCUUGAAGGAGUUGGACGUAGAUUUUAGGAGUUUGAAAGAAAGACAUGGGUUUGGGUUAGGUGCACCAUGGGACUAAAAGUCAAAAAGAUGAAUGUAAACAGAGUCAAACUGUUUUUUUUGUUCAUUGUAGAUAGCAUGGAAAAUACAAUGGUUUGUUCCCGAA